AUGGAAAAACCGAAUUAUCAGCUCUACCGUAAUACAACGCUCGGCGAGGCACUUCAGAAGACGUUAGACGACUUCGUGAGCGAGCAGUUGAUUCCGGAGAAUUUGUCGAAAAAAGUGAUGGACUCAUUCGAUAAAUCGAUCAAUCGAAUUCUCCCAAUUAAGGCGAGAAAUAAGGUGAAUUUCCGUGCUGAUAAACUUCGUGCCUAUCGUUAUUGUGAUAACGUUUGGACGUUCAUAGUGGAACAAGUCGAUUUAAAGGAGGCCAUUGAGCCGAACGCGCCGGUGAAUCGUCUGAAGAUUGUCGCCUGUGAUGGACAGACGAAAGGACAGCUUGCCGGUGCUGGAUCAUCGCAUGCUUAG